UAUUGACAUUCUGGACAUCAGCUACUAUGCCCAUCCCUGUGCUUUCAUCCUUGUCUCUAUCGAAAAUUUCCAGGCGCUUCGUUUCGUCAGAUGAAACUCCGAUCUCAGCACAGGCCGACAAGAACGAGGUCCUUGCUCCAGAACAAGAGGAACGGGAAAAACAUGUGGCGCAAGACACAUUAAAAGCCUCUAAAGAGAAAACUUCUACUCAGUAUCCAGUUCCAGCAUCUCCCAUCGUAAGUGAUGAUGUUGUGACUGAUGCCAUGCUACGCAGAGCUCGCGUAAGAGUGGGCACCGACCCGCUAAGAACCAACGGUGUAUUGUACACCAAUGUGACCCCAGAGCAAAGAAAUCUCUGUGACUACUGUGCUGUCAUCGAUUGGCGUGCUCUACUGAUAAGGAACGCAAAGCCUUCGGAGGAAGCGAGCGAACCGUCACAAGAAUCUUCCCUUACACGCCUCUCCACCCGGCGAUGGGAAGAUUCCAUAUUGGGUAGUUGGGCAAAUGUCAAGUUGCACAAAUAUACAUGUACGCUUUGCGACCUACUGUAUCGCGGUCUUAUAGAGUUGUACGGAUCGACUCCACGAGAUGACGUUCGUACGGCAUCGGACGAUAGCAUCAUACUUCGAAUCCGAUGCGAAAACCCAUCUACGGAUCCGCCGCAAUGGCCGGAGAAACUUUUGGAGCACUCUGAAAUAUUUGGCAAAUUCCGACUCAAGGUGCGAUUCGAAGGCAUAGAGAUAGUUCGCAGUUUCGGUUCUACCUCAUUCGACGACCUUUCGUUCUGCGUUCUCAACGAUGUUACGAGGCUAGAGGGCGAUUCCUAUAGCGAGCUCAGCAUCAAAAAAUUGGCAAUGCCCACAACCCAGCAAAAUCAGAUUGAAAUCGAACUAUUGCGAAUUUGGGCACGCGAAUGUCAACUUGAACACAGUCUUUGCCGCUCCGGAUGGGGAGGCCUGACACGGAAGCGACGUCAAAAAACACGAAGCUACACCCUGCGUGUGAUAGACUGUUCUAACAAAAAGGUCGUUGUAGCUAAAGGAGAGUGCCGGUAUGCUACAUUGAGCUAUGUAUGGGGUCAAACCGACCAAUAUACUAGUCGGAAGCAAGACAUUCUCACAACCGUGGAUGAGGAACAGAUCAUAGAUCUUUCCGAGCGUACACUCGCGGAGACUGUAGCCGACGCUAUACUUGUCACUAAGGAGAUGGGAAUCCGUUAUCUUUGGGUUGAUACGGUAUGCAUCGUACAGGAUGACUUAGAAGAGAAAAAAGAAACGCUUUCUGCGAUGGAUGAGAUUUACAAGCAAUCUGUGUUAACCAUAGUUGCAGCUACUGGAACACAUGCAAAUGUUGGGCUUGCUGGCAUCCGGCCCAAUUCUCGGGUCAUAGAUGCCUGCCAAGGCUGGGUAGAUGGACUGCAUUUGCGCAGGUGCAACAAAUAUGAUGCGGAGCCUAAGAUUGAGGAAACUCCUUGGGCUAGUCGAGGAUGGACUUAUCAAGAAAGCUACUUCAGUCCACGAAAGCUUAUAUUUGCCAACAACAGGGUCUAUUAUCAUUGUUCAGAAUCAUCAUUUGGUGAGGUACAGCCACUGAAAAAGGGGUGCUUCCGUCGACCGAUCUUCCAAAGCCACUCGUCGACUGCAAAAGAACUCCAGACCAUGCGUAGUACACCUACAGGUCCUUUCACUCUGUACGCUGAGCAUGUGGAGAAUUACAACUGGCGUACCCUGUCAUUUCAGGAAGAUGUCCUCGCUGCUUUUGCCGGCGUAGCCAGCGACAUAGAACGUGCAACAGAUAAACGAAUGCGUCUAUUCGAAGGACUACCCGUCGGGUUUCUUGCACGUGCUUUAUGCUGGGAAGUUAAGAAUCCUCAGCCGAGACAGACAUCAGCUCGACGGCUCAGAAGCUCAGAUAGGCGCCCGAUAUUUCCUACGUGGACAUGGGCUGCUUGGAACAUCGCAGUGCAUUACACCCACCAAUACUAUUUCAACGAAGAGUAUGAUGCGACUGGUACGCCGAGUAGAAUCGAACUUCGAUGGCCAUGGCCUGAAGGGGCCGAGUAUCAGCUAGUCGAAGAUCAUGGCAACACAGCAGGAGACAACUGCGAUUCAUACAUAUACGACACUCUAAGCACAGGCAUCUUAACGUGCAAAGCAAAGAUUGGGUUGCUUGAAAAAUCAGAUCCCUUGUCCUCAAUGCCUCAUACUAUGGACGAUGGGACGAUCUGGGAGCAAGGAAUCAAACAGGUGAUGUCAGUCGCCGAAGUUUUUGGGAGAAAGUCGAACUUCGGUGGCCGCGACUCUCCGCAUCAACAUUUUGUGCUGUUCCUAGUAGAAGAAGAGGGCAUCUUUUUCAGGGAGGGGGCUGCAUGGAUGAGCGAUAUGGACUGGAAAAGUAUCAAAGCGGAAGAAAAAGCAAUCCGACUCGGUUAA